AUGGAAGAUUUGCCCGAAUUCAAUGCAGUACUCGACUUCUUAGAGAAAGACAAUAUUGACAUUCACACCUUUAUUGAUUUGCUAAAUGAGAUUCUUGAGGACAUUGAAAAGAUGAAGAGGAACACACGACAGAGUGUCAGUGGCACUACUAUGACUGAUUUUAUAUAUGACUCGAUCGCAGUCUUCCCUACGGCGAAGCUGUCUGCUCUCUUCGACGAAAAGAUGGCCAACGACGAAGCAUUCAGCACAGCACUCAUAAAUCUCAGGAGCGAGGAGUUUAGUCAACUUGCCAAUGCCCUUUUCGAAAACGAGAUUUUCCGGCAAGAGAUUCAGAGUCUCAGGGAAAAUGGCGUAGAAAUUGAGGUCCUUAUGGAUGAAGUUUUGGCCAUUUUCGGACAGACUCUUCCAUAA